AUGUUGCACCAAGCAGUCAGAGUUAUUCCCCCUGAUCGACCCGCGACCCCGGAUUUUCGACGCGCCGAGACUCCUGAAGGGCACCAUAACUUCGCCGUCCUCCUCGUCGCCCUCAUCCUCCAGCUUCACCAGAAUUCCCUCCUCCCCAUCACCAUGCCGGUGCCGCCGCCGCCGCGGCCCAGAGACCCCAACAACAUCUCGGCCAUGGUCCGCGAAUCCCCCCGCCUCGACAUGUCAAUUCCGAUUGACCCCGCCGGCGUCGCAGGGAAGACAAUCAUCAUCACCGGCGGCGCAUCUGGCUUCGGCGCGGGCUUCUGUCGAGAAUGGGCUCGGCACGGCGCACAUAUCAUCAUCGGGGACGUCGCGGACGAGCUGGGCCGAUCUCUCGCGGCAGAGAUAGCUGAGGACAAGAGCGUGGCGGGCACGGCGCACUACGUGCACUGCGACGUGACGAACUGGCAGUCGCAGGUCGACUUGUUUCGGGAGGCGGUCAAGCUGAGUCCGCGGAGGAUGAUCGAUGCCGUGGUCUGCAAUGCGGGCAUUACCGACUCGGGGACCCCCUUCACGGAGCCGGAGGGCAUGGAUAAGGAGGAGCCGCCAAAGCCUGCCUUCAAGACGAUCGAUGUCAACCUGACGGGCGUGAUGUAUUCGGCGCAUCUGGCGAUGCAUUAUCUGCCGUUGAACGACGGGAGGGACCGGCAUGUCAUGUUGAUUGGGAGUCUGGCCAGCCUGUUGCCGGUUCCUUUCCUGGUGCAGUAUGCGGCUAGUAAGCAUGCGGUUUUAGGCCUGUUUGUGAGUUUGAUAUCUACUCGAGGCGACGAGUGA